GCAAGUUAUUGAAGGAGUUUAAGCAGAAAGAAGCAAUGGAGGCACAUGCAAGUGGGAUUGAAGUAGAAAAUACAGAGAGAGAUAAAACAAUGGUUGAUAUAAUGGAGAGAAUUAGUGAAUGCGAGUUGGCGAUGGAUAAUCAGAAAGAGAAAGAAAACAAGGAGAAGGAGACAGCAGAAGAAAUGAGAAAGCAAGCAACGGAGAGGAUAGGAGAGACAAGAAGAGACACAGUGGAGAAAAUGAAGAGGAGAAAAAGAAGACGAAACAGUGAUGUGAUGGAGGCGCUAAAGGGCUCACUGGAAAUGAGGAAACAAGAACAACAGCAGGCAAAAGAACUAUGUGAAAAGGAAUUAAAUCUGAUGGAGACUCGGCUUCAUCAACAACAAGACUUUACACAGGCAAUGUUAGAGCAACAACAGCUAUUUCAACAACAGCAAGCUGUAACCAUGUCUAUUUUGAACACUUUGGCUGAAAUUACCAAGAAUUUAAAAAGAUUAAUUUUAUUUCCUAUAGAUACAUUUUUUCCAAUCCUCUUGUUUACAUUUUUUGUUCAUAACUCUGAAACAAUCUUGUUUGUCUCUCCCUUGUUCAUAUCUCUGAAUUUUAUGUCAUACACACAUUAA